AUGAAGGCCAUUCUCAGUAUCGCGGCGUUGUUCGCCCCACUCGCAGCCGCUAAUGUUGCCCAUGGCGAUAUGCCGCCGAGGAGCAUGUCGACAUCCGAGUUCCACCAGGCAUUCAUGGAGAGCGGUAUCGUCCCAGAAGUGAUGGGAUCAUUUGACCCCAUGGUCUCCUUCUACGCAGGAUACAUGGCCAGCGAUGGUGAUAAGGCAUUGAUGAUGCCUGGUUCCAAGCUAAAAAUGAAGGAGGUCAAGAUGCCCUUUGAGUUCAGUGUGGAAAACAUCAGCAUGGCACAAAAUGUGACCAGGAACUCUCGGUUCAUCGUCUUGAUGAUUGGACCUGACUCGCCCUCGCGUGAGAACCCGAGCGAGCGAAACAUCAAGCACUACUUGGCUGGAAACUUUACUGUCGAACAGACCAAGUCGGCGGUACUCAACUCUUCAAUGAUUUUGAAGAAUUCAUCAGCAGCGUUCACCGAAUACAUGCCGCCGGAGCCAAAGUCCGGCAGUGGCAUGCAUCGAUAUAUCUAUCUGCUCUACGUCCAGCCCGAGAAGAUGAACAGGAUGGGAUUUGAUAUGGUCGGUAUGGAUAUGAAGGACCGCAAAAACUUCAACUUGACGUCCUUCCGAAAGAUGGCCGGUCUCAAGCGCCCAAUUGGCGGCACGUUCUUCACAUUGAACAUGGCCAAGGACGGCGGUAAUGGAGGAGGAGGUGGCGGCGGCAACAACGGGGGAAAUAAUGGUAACGGAAACAACGGUAAUAAUGGCGGUAAUGGCGGCAACGGAAAGAACGCCGCAUCCUUGAUCCAAGCAGGGUCCUGCGUCGUCUUCGUAACCUUGUUUACAUCCAUGUUUAUUUGGAUGUAG